AUGGCAUCGACGUCAUCGCGACCGCGCCGGUCGGUUAGCCGGAAGAGUUUUGUUAUCGAAGAAAGUUCAGACGAUGAACCCGAAUCUGGGCGUGUUACGCCUACUAUUCAUGACGAAGACGACGACGAAGACGAAGAGGAGGAUUAUACACCUGUCCCAAAACGCAGAGCGUCGCGGAGGGUUUCGAAGGCGCCACUGGAAGCGCCAACUACCCCAACUCCAGCAACAGGACGAUCGAGGGCACGACGUUCAAUGGCGAGUGAGGGGGAGUCCAUCGUCUCGCCGAAGACAGAAGAGAGCGUUCUCUCGGUAGAGGAGGAGCCUGAAUUGCCACCAAGACGUACAUCGACAGUUAGGCAGAGUAUUUCUGGGAGCCAAAGCAGUCGACACUCAUCUAUAGAGGUUUCCUCACUUCCAACCCCCGCGCCAUCACAAUCUCCAGAAGCUGAUCGUGCGCAGUCAAGAAGAAUCAGCGGGACGCCCCUUGCAGAUAUCACUGAAAAUGCCGUGAACCAGACCCCCUCGGACGCAGCGGAUUUAGAAAAGUCUGUUAUCGAUAGGAUUGACCCGAUGUCGAGCGUAUUAGAACGACCCAUGGACAUAAUGCUCAAAUCGCGAUCGGCGCCCCAGGUAGUAGAAGAGGAAGCUUCAGGUCCCAAGCAAAGAAUGGUUAUCACCCACCUCGUUCUCACUAAUUUUAAAAGUUAUGCUGGACAUCAGUUCGUGGGCCCUUUCCAUGCCUCAUUCUCCUCCGUGGUCGGACCUAACGGCUCGGGAAAAUCCAACGUUAUCGACUCUUUGCUGUUUGUUUUUGGGUUCAGGGCCAGUAAAAUGCGCCAGGGGAAAAUAUCAGCACUUAUUCACAACUCCGUUAAUUUUCCAAAUCUACCAUUUUGUGAGGUCGAGGUCCAUUUUCAAGAAAUUGUGGAUUUACCCGACGGCGGCCAUGAAGUUGUCCCAGAUUCGCAAUUGGUUGUCUCCAGGCGCGCCUUCAAGAAUAAUACCAGCAAAUAUUAUAUGAAUAAAAAGGAAGCGACCUUCACAACUGUCACUGACUUUUUGAAGGGCCGUGGGAUAGAUCUGGACCAUAAACGUUUCCUCAUCCUGCAAGGUGAAGUUGAAUCUAUUGCCCAGAUGAAAGCUAAAGCCGCCAAUGAACACGAUGAUGGCCUGCUGGAAUAUCUCGAAGACAUUAUUGGAACCUCUAAAUACAAAACUCCAAUUGACGAAGCUGCAGCAGAGGUUGAAGUUUUGAACGAAACAUGCAAUGAAAAGAACACCCGAGUCCAGCAUGUUGAAAAAGAGAAGGCGAGCCUUGAGGAUAAGAAAAACAAAGCUCUUGCUUAUAUCAAGGAUGAAAAUGAGCUGGCAGAAAAGCAAUCCGCCCUUUAUCAAAUAUAUAUCGACGAAUGCAACGAUAAUACAAACGUCACCCAAGAAGCAAUCUUGCAGAACCAGGAGCUACUCAACCUUGAGCUUGAAAAACAUCAGGGCAACGAAGAUGAAACUAAGCAACUCCAACGUGACUAUAAAAAGACGGCAAAAGAAUACGAGGUCAUGGAGAAGGAAACCCAGGUUAUCAUCAAGGAAAUGGCGAAAUACGACAAAGAAUCAGUCAAGCUUGAAGAAAAACGUAAAUUUUUGAAUACCAAGCAGAAGAAGUUGGAAAAGGCGAUGAACGCGAGUCGUCUGGCUACUUCUGAAUGCGCCGGCUUGGUUGAUAAACAUGGCUAUGAUGUUGAGAAAAAAUCUGCGGAGAUUGCAGCCCUAGAAAAGGAGAUGAAAGAAGAGGAGAAGGAGCUUGCGUCUAUCCGUGAAAGCCUAAAAGGGAAAACACAGGGACUUUCAGAACAAAUUGCUGCGAAACAGACGUCCCUGGAGCCAUGGAAAGAAAAAAUUAACGAAAAACAGUCGGCUGCAGCUGUUGCACAGAGCGAGCUGGAUAUCCUUCGCGAGAAAAGCAAUGCCGGCGCAGUCGCAUUGGAAGAAGCACAAGCCAAGAUUGCGUCCAUCAAGGAAGAAAUGACUACGAAGGCAUCAGAACUCGAGCAAUGUCGAGCUGAAAAAGCUAACCUUGAGCAUGAGGUCUCUAGCUGUGCUGCGAACUUGCAAAGGUUUGCGGAGAAGGAGCCUGAAUAUCGUUCCAGGCUGUCUCAUUUACGGCAGAAGGCCGAUGAGGCUAGAGCCAGUCUAUCUAGCACGCAAACCCAGGGAAAUGUCCUCUCAGGACUCAUGAGGUUGAAGGAAUCUGGACGUAUAGAAGGAUUCCACGGUCGACUAGGAAAUCUCGGAACAAUCGAUGAAAAGUACGACGUCGCCAUAUCAACCGCCUGCCCAGCGCUUGACAAUUUGGUCGUUGAUACCGUGGAAGUUGGCCAGCAGUGUAUUGAUUAUCUCCGUAAAAACAACCUGGGCCGUGCAAACUUCAUUUUACUCGACAGGUUACCCCGAAGAGAUAUGUCAUCGGUCUUUACCCCCGACAGUGUUCCCCGACUGUUUGACCUCGUCAAGCCCGUGGACGAGAAAUUCAAAGCUGCAUUUUACAGCGUUCUCCAAAACACCCUCGUAGCCAAGGAUCUGCAACAAGCCAACAAAAUUGCAUACGGAGCGCGAAGGUGGAGAGUGGUGACACUGGACGGGCAGCUCAUUGAUGUUUCUGGCACUAUGAGUGGUGGUGGAACACGAGUUGCUAGGGGUGGGAUGUCUUCCAAGCAAGUAGCUGAAGUCUCGAGAGAACAGGUUGCCAAACUAGACGCUGAUCGUGAUGGAAUGGAGAAAAAAUUCCAAGCAUUCCAAGAGAGGCAAAGGGAGCUGGAGUCAGAGUUGAAAACCACUAAAGAUGCCAUUCCCAAGAUUGAAAUAACCUUCCAAAAACUUCAACUUGAGAUUGACAGCUCAAAACGAAAUCUCGCGGAUACCCAGCGUCGGGUGAAAGAGUUAUCAGAGGAACACAAGCCAUCCACAACCGAUGAGAAACGGGCGGCCAGUCUUGAAAAGAAUAUUAUGGCUCUGGAGAGGGACAUCGCGAAUUUGCGGUCUGAAAUGGCUGGGGUGGAAGAGGAAAUCCAGACCCUCCAAGACAAGAUCAUGGAAGUUGGUGGUGUGAGGCUCAGAGGCCAGAAAGCCAAAGUCGACGGCCUGAAGGAACAGGUAUCGCUUCUCACGGAAGAAGUUUCUAAUGCCGAGGUUUCCAAGUCCAAGAACGAGAAGAUGCGGAUUAAGCAUGAGAAAUCCCAUGCAGACGCAGAAGCAGAACUUGAACAUGUCCAGGAGGAUAUUGAAAAGCUAAACGAGGAAGCUAGAACCCAAGCCAAGGCAGUCUCUGGUGUGAAGCAAAAAACUGAGGAAGCAGAAGAGGCAUUACAAGCGAAGCAAGAGGAGUUAUCUGCCCUCAAAGCAGAACUGGAUGAAAAGACUGGAGAACUGAACGAAACGCGAGCUGUUGAGAUUGAAAUGCGAAACAAACUCGAGGAAAGCCAAAAGGCAUUGGUCGAAAAUCAGAAACGGGCGAAGUACUGGCAUGAUAAAUUCUCCAAACUUUCACUACAAAAUACCAGUGACCUUGGUGAGGAAGAAGCAGCAGACAGCUUGCAAAUAUAUACCAAGGAUGAGCUAUCGGAAAUGAACAAAGAGUCUUUGAAGGCGAUUAUUGCCGCACUUGAGGAGAAGACACAAAAUACCUCUGUUGAUUUAUCCGUUCUAGGGGAAUAUCGUCGCCGUGUUGCUGAACACGAAACUCGUUCAGCAGAUCUGGCGACGGCUCUCAGUAGCCGCGAUGCUUCAAAAUCGCGCCUUGACACCCUACGUUCUCUCCGUCUCACUGGCUUCAUGGAAGGUUUCAGCACAAUAUCCCUCCGCCUAAAGGAAAUGUAUCAGAUGAUCACAAUGGGUGGUAACGCAGAGCUGGAACUCGUCGAUUCCCUAGAUCCGUUCUCAGAGGGUAUAUUGUUCUCAGUCAUGCCUCCAAAGAAGAGCUGGAAAAACAUCAGUAACCUUUCUGGAGGAGAAAAAACGCUAUCAAGUUUGGCCCUCGUCUUCGCUUUGCACCACUAUCGUCCAACGCCAUUGUAUGUAAUGGACGAGAUCGACGCCGCCUUGGAUUUCAGAAACGUCUCUAUUGUUGCAUCGUAUAUUAAGGAGAGAACGAAGAACGCGCAAUUCAUCGUCAUCUCGUUGCGAAACAACAUGUUCGAACUCGCCUCUCGCCUUGUGGGUGUCUACAAAGUGAACCACAUGACAAAGAGCGUCACGAUCGAAAAUAGGGAUUACAUUGAAGGCAGGAGUUAA